AUGGAGUCGGUCAGCAGCGUCGAGGAGCAGCUUUACGCCUGCCUCUUCCCCGGCCGAGGGCGCUACAGCCCCCAGCAUGCGGCAGUGCUUGCGGGCAGGCUGCGCGAGGUGGCGGACUCGCUAGGACAGGCGCGGCAGCAGCAAGUGAAGCCAUACGAAGAGCCGGACGGCAAGAGGCGGCGCAAGGAGCUGCGCGGCAGAGGGCGCGACCUGGACUUUAGUGCAUACCAGCAGCGGUACGUGGCCCUGGAGCUGCUGUACCUCGGCCACGCCUAUGGCGGCUUUGCACGGCAGGAGCACACCGAGCAGACGAUAGAGGGCCACCUGUUUGCGGCGCUGCGCACCACGCGCCUGGUGCCUGCCGAGGCCAGCUGGCAGGAGCUGCGCUACUCGCGGGGUGGGCGCACAGACAAGGGCGUGUCGGCGCUGGGCCAAGUGGUGGCUUUGCUGCUGCGCUCUGCGGCGCGGACCGGCGAGGUGCAGCCUGAGGCGGAUGUCGAGCUGGACUAUCCCUCGCUGCUCAACCGAGUGCUGCCGCAGGACAUCCGAGUGCUGGGCUGGGCCGAUGUGCCCGACGAUUUCAGCGCCAGGUUCUCUGCACAGUAUCGCGAGUACAAGUACCUCAUCGCGUACCGCCCCCCCACCCCGCCAGGGGGCAUGCUGCAGGCGGCAAGUGAGGAUGACCCUGGAAGCGCGGCAGCAGCAACAGCAGCAGCAGGAGCAGGGCAAGGAGCAGCAGCAGCAGCAGCAGCAGCAGGGAAGCAGGGGGCUGCAGAGGCAGCGCCAGGCGGCGGCAAGCCGGCCGUGGGGCACGGCAGCGCGGCCCCCCUCACGGGAGCCCCGCUGGGCGAGGCGCUGGAUGUGGGGCGGAUGCAGGAGGCUGCUGCUUUCUUCCUUGGGGAGCACGACUUCCGCAACUUCUGCAAGGUUGAUGUGGCCCAAGUGACCAACUUCCGCCGCCGCGUGCUGGACUGCCGUGUGGAGGAGCUGCCCGCCUGCGCCUGGGGCGGCCGCCGCCUGCUGCAGCUGCACAUCCGCGGCACCGCCUUCCUGUGGCACCAGGUGCGCUGCAUGGCGGCGGUGCUGCUGAUGGUGGGGCGCGGCGAGGAGCCCCCUGGCAUUGUGGCCACGCUGCUGGACCCCCAGCAGGUGCCCCGCAAGCCGCAGUACACGCUGGCCUCAGAGGAGCCUUUGCUGCUGUACAGCUGCGCCUAUGGCGGGCUGCGCUUCCAGCGCUCCCGCCAGAACCAGGACAUUGUGCGCGGGCAGCUGGAGGGUGUGCUCACAAGCCACCUCAUCCGCGCCGGCAUGCUGCACACCAUCCAGCAGCGGCUGGCGAGCGACCACUUGCAGCACGAUGGCACCAACGGUGGCGGCAAGCGGCAGCGCGGUGGGGCGGGGGCGGCUACAGCCUGCUCCAAGCACGUGCCGCUGCUGCAGCGGGCCAAGGAGCCGGCGGUGGAGGAGCGGCUGCUGAAGCAUGCCGACGGUGGUGGAUGCCGCACCAACGCCAAAGCCGCCGCCAAGGCCAAAGCCGCCGCCAAGGCCAAAGCCGCCUUCCCCGCGCCCGCCAAAGCCACCGCCCAGGCCGAAGCCGCCUCCGCCGCGGCCGCCAAAGCCACCGCCCAGGCCGAAGCCGCCUUCUCCUCGACCCCCGCGUCCACCCCCAAGCCCCCGGCCCCCGAAGCCGCCGCCAAGCCCGCGGCCACCUUCCCCCCGGCCCCCUCCAUCUCCGCGUCCGCCGCCCAGGCAAGCAAGCUGCCCCGAGGGCACCGGCACUAA